GCCUCUCUCACGGUCACAGGUUUGCUAAGCACAGAGAAGAGGAAAUUACUGGGCCGCGGUAAAAUCAAAUUGAGGCAUUUACCAAGACAGGGGCAAGAUGCCGGGAAGCGUCUAGCCCAGGCAUAUGACCGCUUCUUGGGAGAGCAAGGCCUUGAA